UGCAGACGUGAAACGUGCGACGUGACGUGCGGAUGGUACAGCGAAAAUUUAGUGAAUAUUUCCAAAAAAUUUUCAUAAAACAAUAUGCGCAUUGCAAGUGAGUUGUGAAAAARUGAUAUUUGAGAUGCUUGAGUGAUUUGUUAGAAACGCAAAUUGUUAAAAAAAUUUCAUUGAAAACGGAAACAAAAUAUUCAUGCCAAGUUUCUGGUGAACAAAAGUGCUCUGUGAUUUGUGGCUUUACAAAAAUUGUCAUGGAUAAAGUGAACUACAGCAAAUGUCCGCUCAAGAAGCGUCCCAUAAUGAUGUUGGAGCAGGAGGCGCAGCAACCAGAACACAUGGACUUCUUGGAUCAAGACGAAGGGCCCGUUGAUCUGAGUCUUGCCGCUGGCGCAGCGCCUGUACACCAAUCAGCUGCUUCACCACCACCAGCACCAGCACCAGCGCCUUCGCCUGCGCCAUCCACCUACGCUGCGUCCUAUCAAUUUGGUCAAGACAAUACCGAACAGCGCACCGCGCUACCCACACCGCCGCCGUCAGAGAAAUCUGUCAGUGUUUUCACACAAAAUAAAGAGGAGCUGGCGCGGCGCAUUUGGGAGGAAACGCGUGAGAUCGCGCGUGCCUUUCCCGAUGUCUUCACGCGUGAGGAGAUUGCACGCAGUUUAGCGCGCUUGGGUUAUGGCGAUUUUCCRCUGCCACCAGAGGAUGAAGUGUGCGGUAAGGAAGAAGUUGAGAUGAGACCAGAGCCACAAAGAAAACAGAAAUAUGAUGGUAUAACACCCCCGCCACCAGCAGUGAAUGCGGAAUUUGCGGCGCAUGAAAUCAAGCAGGAGAUAAUUGAAGUUGAUAAUUAUGUGCCGACAGCGGGAUUCAGAAACUACAAUAACAAUUUAUUGAAAAGCAUAGCUGAGUAUGAAGACUGCAUACAACCGCAAGCUUAUGGUAUGCAAGUGGAGCAGAUACUGCCACAACAACAGCACAUAUCAGCGCCACCACAGUCCAUGCAGCGGACGACACAAGCGGAGAUCUGUUAUUAUCCAGCAGAGCGGCGCGAUUAUGAGCCACAGGAUUUGAGUGUGAAGAAUGAUUUGCCGGCGCGGCGCGUGCUUGGYGAGAAUAUCAAUCUGCACAAUGUGGCGCGUGCGCUGCUGAGCAUGCAGCAAAUGGGCACUAAUAACAAUAACAAUAAUAUAGCGCAUGCACCCGGUACGCAUGAGGAGCGCCACACAGCCGACUCACCAAAUGCAAACGCGCUGAAGAUCAAGACCAACAACGAUCUCUACUACCAGUGCCAGCAAUGCAACAAAUGCUACUCCACCUACGCCGGCCUGGUGAAGCAUCAGCAAACGCAUGCGUACGAGAGCACCGAAUACAAGAUCAUACGCAGCGUGAAUAACGCCGAAGCGCCCGGCGCGCUCGAAGCAGCUGGUGAAUUCUCCAGCGAUAAGGCGGCAGCACUUAUACAUUCCUCCAGCAUUGCAUCUGCGCAGUCAGCGCAAAAGCCUGUCGGUGUACCGCGCUACCAUUGCAAGGAUUGCGGCAAGUCAUACUCCACAUAYUCGGGCCUGAGUAAGCAUCAGCAGUUUCAUUGUCCCGCCGCCGAGGGCAAUCAAGUGAAAAAGAUUUUCAAUUGCAAAAACUGCGACAAGACCUACGUCUCACUGGGCGCACUCAAAAUGCACAUACGCACACACACGCUACCCUGCAAAUGCCCCAUCUGCGGCAAAGCCUUUUCACGCCCCUGGCUGCUGCAGGGCCACAUACGCACACACACGGGCGAAAARCCCUUCAGCUGCCAGCACUGCAAUCGCGCCUUUGCCGAUCGCUCGAAUUURCGCGCACACAUGCAAACCCACUCGGAUGUGAAGAAGUAUUCGUGCCCCUCGUGUACGAAGUCAUUCUCGCGCAUCUCUUUACUGGGUAAGCACUUGCAGGGCGGCUGCCAGCAGUCGCCGCACUCAGCAUCGCCAACAUCGUCCACCGAGAAUUUGGCAGCAUACGCCGCGUCGGCUACAUCAGCUGCGCUCAACGGCGAGGGUGGCUUCAGCCAGCAGCAGCUGCAACAGCACAUGCAACGACUACAACAGGGCGCCUAYAAUGAUGAGAAUAUGCCAGCCGACCGCCAGCAGCCRUCCGCUUACUAUUACGCCGACAGCUUAGGCAGCAGUGGUGACGAUCAAGAGGAGCUGGAGGAAAUGCAUUAUAGCAGCACGACGCCACCGCUCGCUGCACAGUCAGCGCAAGCGCAACAGCAGCCAUCAAUGCCGCUAAUGGCGGCGCACGCCGGUGAAUACUGAGUGUUGGUGUGGUGUUGUCUGUUUGUGUAGCCGAAAAGUCUAUUUAGGUUUUGAAAAAGGAUACUCAUAAUUUAGUUUAUAGUUUUUAAGGUUCCAAGCAGGUUAGGAACUCAGGUAUUAGUAUUUAAGUUUGUGGGGAAUACCAAAAAAUAUGCAACAGUGCCAAAAAUUAGCGGUAGUGUAUGACAGGGUCGCACGUUAGUGUAGGCAGUGGGUUGUGACAGACUAUUAGGUAGCUAUCUAUUUAUUUAUUUCUAAUAUUCAAACUUAUUUAUUCAAUUAUGUAUUUUAAUUUAAUUUAAAUAUUUAUUUAUUUAUUUGGCAUUUAUGCGUCAUUAAAGCACAUAUGCGACAUUUAGCGGUAUGCAGAAUUUCAACCAUAUCAUUUCUUA